AGCCGAUCGUGUCACCAAGCUGCUCUCCCGGAGCUGCGCAUGCGCACUGACACUCCGUCAGCCGCGGCCUGGUGCGAAAGAGCAAGUGGCGCCUUCGGCUCCGGAAAACGGAGGCUUCGUGUCCGCCGCUGCCAUGGCUCGGGACGUGAAGAGCAAACUGUCCAAGAACCUGAUGCGUAUGAAGUUCAUGCAAAGGGGCUUGGAUUCGGAAACCAAAAAGCAACUCGAAGAAGAGGAGAAGAGAAUCAUCAGCAAGGAGCACUGGUUCCUGGAUCUGCCAGAACUAAAGGAGAAGGAGAACUUUGUAAUAGAAGAGCGAAGCUUUCUACCGUGUGAAGAUCUGCUGUACGGCAGAAUGUCAUUCAAAGGUUUCAAUCCUGAAGUUGAGAAGUUAAUGAUCCAGAUGAACUCAAAGUACAAGACGGAAGAAAUCGAAGAGGAAGAUAAUGCAAUGGAGGCUGAUGUAUCGGAUGAAGAAAUGGCCAGAAGGUACGAGACGUUGGUUGGAACAAUCGGGAAGAAGUUUUUGAAGAAGAGGGACCGGCGUGACCUACAGGACACCGAUGAGGCUGAGAACAGUCACCACGGACCUAGCAAAGCGAAGAAAAUGUUUUUGAAACCCCAAGAUUAAGGCAAUGUGGAUGAUUUGCACAUCCUUCAGGCUGGGGAAAUAUAUUUUUUUGUACCACGGUUAACACCAGUUAUUUUCCCAAAUCGUUGGCUUUCUUUAUGUCUCUGGGAUGGAUGCAUUGUUCAGAGUAGAUGCAUACGUAAAUGGAUGUCAUACAUCCUCUGCUCUCUGCGUACUUUUUUUUCCCCUUUAAAGUGCGGGCCCUGUGAGAUAACAUGAGUUUAUCACCGCACGUAAGCAGACUGGUUGCCGGACUCGGCUAAGAAUACUUCCCAGUUAUGAUUUUGCUUUAACUACAAGCAGAGAUUUCAAUGGCCGAGUUAAUUCCGGCCAGUUCGCUCUACAAUGCUCUUUUCCGUUGUCAUUUUAUAUUACGUGCAUUUUGCUUUUAAAAGACCGGUUGGGUGGAGUGUUCAAGGACGAUUUUUUUUUUAAAAAAAGCUGGACAACUCGACAAUUUAUUUAUGUAUUUGAAAGAUAUUUUAUUGUAAGGGAGUAUUUUUAUUUUUAUUUUGCCUGCUGCCGUUUUAAGCGGCGGUUCCCCAUGCCCUCAUGAGAGCUGUGACUGCAAAAGAGAAGCUGUGGGCAGGGGGAGGUACCAGACGCGCAGUUUCUGCGCUUGAAUCAAGGGAAUUGGUUGAAACUUUUGCCAUUUCUUGCGGAAGGACAGCUGCUGAAGUAUAUGGGGACUAUUGGCCUCUUGCCACAGUGCAUAUGGACCAGCGGGUAAAGGCUUUCUGUGCUUUAAAAACUGGUUAUGUUUGUAUCGCCUCCAAUGUGUUCACUGAAUACCCCCCAGAUUGCUCUCUGGAGAACUUGUGCCAACCCUCCUAAUUGCAUAAGGUGAGGCAAGAAAAUGGCUGGGUGUUCCCUGCCCCGCACAUCUUGUAUCUCAUGCUAUGUCUCUCCCCCGUUCCCCCCGCCCCCAUUUCACUUCAACAUUGUUGCAUCUGGAGAUUUAGCCUUAACGCUUUUGAAAACUGAUACCACGUCAGCAACCUCAACCAAAGAUGAUCUCUUAAGUUUGCACGUUCUUCUCCGGUUGGGGCUGCGGAUAAAACAGUUUCGGAGCGAGAACGCUCAACGUGUUUCUAAUUUGUCACCGAGGUCACAAUAAAAACGAUGCCCUGUUUUCAGCGAC